AUCGUUCAGCUAUUCUUCAGUUUUGUUAUCCUGCUUCCUUCUCUGCACGCCAUGUCAUCUGAGAUCACCGUGUAAACGUCGGUGGACGUACACUUCAUGGUCCAGGAUCUAUCAAACAGAUGUCCUAGAACAAAUCACACUCCAAGGUCACCAUCACCUCGCUGAAAUCUCAAGGUAUUCUCGUUCUUCUGGAACACCGUAUCGCAUCCCGGAAGCUUCUACUUACAUUCCGAUGUACACACAACCUGGUCCAUUCUCUUCAGGAACAAAGAAGGCGUUGUUGAUUGGAAUUAAUUAUAAAGGUCAACGCCAUGAAUUAAGAGGAUGCAAUAAUGACAUCCGCCAUAUUCUUCCAUGGCUUAUUAAUCAAUGGGGAUACCAUCCGUGGGAUAUCGUACAAUUAACUGAUGAAGGUUAUGGCCCCUUGCCAACUAGGCGCAAUAUUUUAGACGAAAUGCAUCGUUUGGUGUUUAAUGCAAGGGCCGGUGACUCCUUGUUCUUUCAUUUUUCAGGGCAUGGAAGCCAGAUCCGUGACCUGGAUGGUGAUGAGGUCGAUGGUUAUGACGAAGUCAUAUUUCCAGUCGACUUUCAAGAAUCGGGUGUGAUUAGCGACGAUGAAAUACAUGAAAUCAUGGUUAAGCCACUUGUAGCUGGCUCACGGCUGACGGCGCUCUUCGAUUCAUGCCAUUCCGGCACGGUCCUUGAUUUGCCUUAUCUUUAUGACUCCAUAGAGCGCGAGUUCGUGGACGGUGUUACACCAGGUGCUCGCGACAGGAAGCAAUCCCAGGGGCAAGUUGUUUGCUUCUCGGGUUGUGGGGAUUCCAAAGAGAGUGAAAGUGUCACACUGCCUGGUCAAUCCAUAGGUGGACUCAUGACCUCUGCUUUCGUACAUGUUUUCGGUCCGUGUCGAACUCUUAUUGCUGUUUCAACUAGCUAAUACACGGACCCUGCUCAGCUCGCCGGCAAACUCUAACCUUCCAAAGUGGAUUCGAACGAAUUUGUGCGUUCGUUCGCGCAGCCUUACCAGAUCCCAAACAACAACCUCAGUUUUCCUGCUCAAAUCCUCCCGUUUGUUGGUGUCUUUAUCCCGACUAUAGCCACUGAUAUCGCACAGGACACAUCGUUGCC